CGCAUCGCGAACGGAUCGCCGGGCCCCAGUGGGAACGAUAAGCACAAUGUUGUUGACCAUCGCCGUGGGAAGCCUAGUGGCGGUGUUAACUUACAAGCUGUUCAGGCUCUUCAUCGAGGGAGGACAGUUCCGUAAGAACACACGCUGCGAUGGAAAGGUUAUCCUCAUCACGGGCGCCAACACCGGCAUUGGAAAGAAAACGGCCCGGGAGCUGCUGAAGCGUGGUGGCAAAGUUUAUAUCGCUUGCCGCUCGCUGGAGCGUGCGAACGAGGCGCGCAACGAUAUCGUUGCACAAACGGGCCUAGGUAAUAUUCACGUGCGCGAACUGGACCUUGCGUCGAUGGAAUCGAUACGACAGUUUGCGAAAAGUUUUAUGGCCGAAGAACCGCGCCUCGAUUUGCUCAUCAAUAACGCGGGCGUUAUGGCGUGCCCGAAGGCCCUCACGAAGGAUGGGUUCGAGCUGCAGCUGGGGACGAACCACCUGGGACACUUUCUGCUCACGAACCUGCUACUCGAGCGCCUGAAAGAGUCGGCACCGAGCCGAAUCGUCAACCUGUCCAGCUUGGCGCACAAGUACGGCAAGAUCAACCGCAGCGAUCUGAACAGCGAGCGAUCGUACAACCAGGUGACGGCCUACUGCCAGAGCAAGCUGGCCAACGUGAUGUUCACACGGGAACUGGCCAAGCGGCUCGCCGGUACCGGUGUGACCGCGUACGCCCUCCAUCCCGGCACGGUCGACACGGAUCUGCCCCGCCACAUGGGCUCCUUGUUCUUCCUGUUCGAUCACAAACUGGUGAAACCGUUACUACGGAUCGCAUUCAAGACGCCACUUUCGGGAGCCCAAACCACACUGUACACGGCCCUGGACGAAGAUCUGGCGGGCGAGAGUGGAAAAUACUAUGCGGAUUGCCGUGAGCAGAAGCUUAGCAAAUAUGCCCGUAACGAUGAGUUGGCAGCCUGGCUGUGGGACGAAAGUGCAAAGAUGACUAGACUGGACUCGAAGUGAAGCCGCACCGCUCAAGAGUGUAUAAACACAGUGUACAAUGGUAAAAUUGUAACAGUAAAAGGUGUUUCAUUUUUGUGCGAAAUUCAAACUCUUCAAACGAAUAUACUAUCAAAUUGAUUCAUCGA